UUGGGAGAGAGCUCUCCCAUCACCAUAACAAAAUCAGCUUCCCAUGCAGGGAUAACUAUGUCAGUGAGAAAGCAUCUGUGCACAUGAGCACUUAUGUUGGCCACAAGGGUGUGAUCUUUUUCACACCCUGAGUGGCAAAAGUUUUGCUGACAUUAGGGCGACUGUAGGCAUGGCUCUCGGUUUCCCUCAUGUUGAUUUUAACCAGCAAUUCAAAGGCACCUCUAUAACACUUUUCAUUGGAUGCAGCAAGAUUCCACCAGUGUGCUGCAGCAUUUGGUUACCAAAGGGAGGGAGUGCAAAGGGUUCUCUCCAUACAUGUUCUCAGGUGCCAUUCUCCAAGAAUGCCAGACCACACUGAGGAAGAGAUCAAAGUAUUUUACUUGGCAACUCUAAAACCAGCCUGAGUUCCCUGGCUGACUCUUAGCUAUCCCCUCACUGUCUCCAGUUACUAUUUGGUUUCCCCCCCUCCACCCUUCAAUGCACACAAAAAAAAUAGAAGUACUUAGCUGAAGAGUGAUGAAGUCUGACUUCGUACAGUGUAUAAUCUGCCAUGAAAAGUUUUAUAGAGGUGAGGGAGAGUUCAUAAGACAGAGAAAUACAGGAAUGCUGUCCCAGAUGGCAGAGUCGCAGAGUGGAAGAUGGGCUCCUCCAGCCGUAGCCAGCUUGUUAGGGACAGAGUGGAGUUUGACACUUGCUGCGAUGUUGGAGUAGAGAACAAACCACAGUGGCAUUACUCUGGAUGUCUGCCAAUUUAACUGAACCAAAGUUUAGUCCAUACAGGAAGAGGGGUGUAGUCUGGAGUAAAUCCCUGAAAGACUUUAAAAACUAGGGCAAUUUUGAGCUGGAUUCUGAAAUGGGGAGUUUGAGUAUGAGAUGAAGUGACUGUACUUUUUUUAUACAUAUAAGAAACCAAUAGCAGCAUGUGCUUGAGUUUGCAGAGCUGGAGCUUGGGGAGGCCCAGAGAAAGGAAUUACAGCAGUUGAGAUGAGAGAAGAGGUCUGCUGUGGAACACUGGCAGCAAAAUGCCACAGUUGUUUAGAGACAAAGAUUCUCCUCUCUCCUUAAUGCGUCAGAGUAACUCCACCCUGCUGGGUGUGUGCAACAAGCAGAGAGUAGGCUCUGCUCCCACAAGUCUCAAAAUCCUGUAGCACUGAACGGUAUAAGAUGUCAUAGGUAGAAUUUCAAUAUUCAUAGAUUCUAAGGCCUGAUGGGAGCAUUGUGACUAAUCUGAGCUGUGUAGCAGGGACCAUAGAACUUCCCCAACUGAUUUCCUAGAGCAAAGCUUAAAAAACGCCCCCACCCAAUCUUGAUUUAAAAAUGGUCAAUGAUAGAGAAUCCACCAUGACCCUGGGUAAAAUGUUCCAGUGGUUAAGGACUCUCACAAUUAAUAUUUUUUUCAUUUUAUUUGCAUUCUGAAUUUGUGGAGCUCCAACUUCCAGCAUCUGGGUUGUGUUUAACAGAGACCGGUAUGAUUGAAGAGCCCGGUAUCACAUUUUGUUCCUCAUGUUGGUACUUGCAAACUGUAAUGAAGUCUCCUUUUAACUGUCUCUUUGUUAAACUAAACAGAUUGAACACCUCAAGUCUGUCAUUGUGAGCCAGGUUUUCUAAUUCUUUAAGCAUUCCAGUAGCUCUUCUUUAAACAUUUUCCAAUUUAUCAGCAUCAUUCUCAAACUGAGGACACCAGAACUGGACACGUUGUUUCAGCAGCUGUUAUCCCAGAGAUAAAAUAACAUGUCUCCUCCUCCAUUGAGUUUCCAGUAUUUGUAUAUCCCCGGGCAUGUCUACACUACCUGCCAGAUCAACAGGCAGCAUUUGAUUCAGCACGGGUCUAAAAUGGACACUGAACACGCUCCCAUCAACUCUGAUACUCUACUAGACCGAAAAGCAUAGGUGCAGUUGACUGGAGAGUGUCCACCAUCGAUUCAACGCAGUUAGCCAGCCCAGUGGCACCAGCAGGUGCUGAAUCAGGGGGUCCUGGUUGAUGCAUGCUUACCUCAACCUGACUUCUGGAAAAGAACAAGUAUUGUGGUGAAAGCCUGUUACUGGCAGCACUCAGGACAAGCUUGGCCAAUAAAAGAUACAUGGAGUGCACAACCCAUUAGAAGACAAAAAAGACAUUGUGCUUAAAGCCCCAAGAGCUAAAUAGGAAUAAUUGGAUCGAGCAGCCUGAAGAUCAUGGAGGGGGAUUGUCUGAGCUGCAUGAAGUACCUGAUGUUUAUUUUCAAUUUCUUCAUAUUUCUGGGAGGGGCCUGCCUGCUGGGCGUUGGGAUCUGGGUCAUUGUGGAUCCGACAGGAUUUCGAGAGAUAGUGGCUGCCAACCCUCUGCUCUUCACGGGAGCGUACAUCAUGCUGGCCAUGGGAGUAAUGCUCUUCCUGCUGGGCUUUCUCGGCUGCUGCGGUGCUGUCCGGGAGAACAAAUGCCUUCUGCUUUUUUUCUUCAUGUUUAUUUUGUUAAUCUUCCUGGCAGAGCUCUCAGCUGCAAUCCUGGCUUUUAUCUUCAGAGAAAAUCUGACCAGAGAAUUCUUCACCAAGGAGUUAAAGAAACACUAUCAUGGGAACAAUGAGACUGAUGUCUUCUCCUCCACCUGGAACUCAAUUAUGAUCACAUUUAGCUGCUGUGGAGUGAAUGGACCGGAAGAUUUUGAAACAGCUCUUCAUUUCCGGCACCAUCAUUCAGAUGAUGUGGUACCUGAAGCUUGUUGCCAACGAGAGCUCCAGACCCGGGAUGGGGCAUUUGUCAGUAAAGAGGAUUGCCUCAUGGGGAAGGAUAUGUACCAGAACCGACAGGGCUGUUACACUGUGAUUCUGAACUCCUUCGAGACCUACGUGUACCUUGCAGGAGCUCUCGCCAUUGGCGUUUUGGCCAUUGAGCUGUUCGCCAUGAUCUUUGCAAUGUGUCUCUUUCGAGGGAUCCAGUAGGCCGUGCCCCCUGAGCAACCGACAUGCUCCUACGUGCUUGGAGGAAAGACCGAAAAAAAAGAGGGGGAAAACUCUUUAUUUUUUGUAACAAAAUAGAAACAAAAAAAUGGUUGUAAUAUAUGAAUGACCAAAAGGAUUGUACUUCAGGGGCUGGAACUUUGAGGUGCCGCGCACUACGCCACGCCACACCGACCUUCUCCCAGAGCAACUGGCACAGACGUUGAUUAGGUGCAAUGUGCAACCGAUUGCACUAGAGACUGACGGAGCCUGCAGGGUGGGUGGGAGGAAUGGCAGCUGAAAUGGUCUCUCUCAGAACAGGAGGUUGCCAGCAUAUUCUCAAUUGUAUUGGUUUGGCUGUUGAAGAAAGAGAACUGUAUAACGCAACACAGGGGCUGGAUUCAGUGCUCAGAAGGAAGCAGGUCAACCACAGCAAGGAGGUGUAAGGGUCAGGCAGGUUUCAAACGACCAGACAAAAAGGGCUUUUGAUACCUAGAAAACUGUGGCAGCCAUUGUUUACUUAUUUCCAUUUCUGGUCUAAAGUGUUAACUGCUUGCCAGGAAAUGGAAACACAUAUUCAGAAGAGGAGGGUCACCUACCCUCACUUACCCCCCUCAGAAGACUCCCUGGAUUACUGGGACUAGGGCAUGCCUUUCCUUGGAGUCCCACUAGAGGGUGACCCUGUUGAAAAUGAGGAAGAUCCUCCUCUAAGAGGGGUUGGUUAGGACAGGGCUGAGAUGCAGAGGAAGAUCCUCCUCUAAGAGGGGUUGGUUAGGACAGGGCUGAGAUGCAAUCAGAUGUUUGGUGCAUACCUUUCCUUCCUUACUCUGUCCCUUUGGCUUUCUGUACAGUGUUUUAUGGUCUGGUCAAAAAUAACUGAUGCUGCCAGCCUCAGGGCAAAGGGCAUGUUGUUUUGUCUCCCAGAUCUUGGAUACUCAACUCCUGUGUGCAACAUUGUAGUUUGUCAUGCUCUGUUAGCUUACUUAUCUACAUUGGGUUCCAACGUGCCUUCCAGUUGGAAAUUCCCAAACACGUACUGGUAGCAAAGGGACCCCCCUUGCAGUUGUCUCUCUUUGUGCAUCAUGUGGUAUCAUUUCUGAUCUGACCGUUUCCCUUUAGCUUGUCCCAAGGGACAGAAAAGAGCAGAACCAAGUGAAGUAAUUUUAAUGUAGCCUCCUAGCUUGAAAAGGCCAUGACCCUGCUCCAACAGAUAGUAAUUGUCCACAUUGGAGAGAGAACUGAAUCCCAAAGGAGAAGAAGAAACUAAAAUAACCUUGUUAAUUGUGGAGGCAGGGUGCAAUAAGUAGUAGCCACAACCACCACAUAUUACUCAACUUACAAUAGCCAGACUGUAGCUGGCAAUAGGCCCUGGGUUGCUAACCUCCAAAAGACCAUAGACAGUAGAGUGUUUGCUCUUGUCAGUUGGUGUCUGUAUCUCUGGUUGGACACCUGACAUGUGGCAGCAAUUCUUGGUGUCUGGAGGAGCAAACCAUCUUCUUUGCUGAGUCCUCCCUUCAAUCCCCUUUAUGUCUUGCUCUAUUGUGAAAGGUUUGCCUUUUCCUCUCAGAGGGGACUCUGCCAGCAUGUGCACAGUGCAAUGAAGAACAGGGAUAAUUACAAUAGCAAACUCUAACUGCUGCCUUUCCAGGCUUAUUCCCCUUUGGUUUUCCUAUUUAUCACUUUCUUUUAUCUACCUUUUUUAAUUCCCUUAAUUCUUUUUUCUCUGUAAUAGCUAUUCUCUCUCCUUCCUCUCCUUUUCUCAUUUAUUCUCUAAUCUUUCUCCUGUGUCCCCUUUUCUCACAGAAAACAGCUUUCCUUUUUUCCAUAGUCUCCUCUCUUAUCUCUUCUCCUUUGUUUCCCUUUUUCAGUCCUCCCUGCCCGUUAUACAGUUGUCAUCUCCUCCCUUUCUCUGCUUGGGGGACAGAGGAUGGAUCACUUGAUACUUAUUUUGUUCAUUAUUUCUGAAGCACCUGGCAUUGGCCACUGUCAGAUGAGAUACUGGGCUAGAUGCACCUGUGGUCUGACCCUGUAUGGUGGUCUUAUAGUCUAGCUGAAACCUUCAUAUUCUCCCUUUAAAUGGCUAUGAACAUAGGAGUGUAGGACUGGAAGGGACCUUGAGAUCCUUCCAGGAGUGCAAGGGCCAAGUAUUAUCUAAACCAUCCCUGACAGGUUUGUCUAACCUGUUCUUAAACAUCUCCAGUGAUGGAGAUUCCGCAGCCUCCCUAGAUAAUUUGUUCCAGCUCUUAACUAGCCUGACAGGAUUUUUUUCCCUACUGUCUCACCUAAAUCUCCCUCAGUGUAUUUUAAGCCCAUAGCGGCUUGUCCUAUCCUCAGUGGAUAAGGAGACUAUUUUUCAUUAUCCUCUUAACACCUUUUUACAUACUUGAAGACAGAGCCAUCCUGAGAGGGGUGCAGAGCCUGGGGCAACCCCUCCCCGUGUCCCAGGCACAGGACCCAGAGCACCUCUCCUCAAGUUUCUCCUGUGCUCCAUCCCCUUGCUAUCUCGCCCAAGAAAUGCAGGUGACAGAAGCCUGAGUGGCCUGGCAGUCUGCUCCACCCUGCCCCGCUACCCUCUCCUGGUCUGCUGUGACCCACUUCUCUGCAGCAGCAGGAAACAGAGUUUCCUGGGGGCAGGGUGUUCUGGUCCCCAACACCGUGGAGAAGCCGAUCACAGUGGUGCUGGACGGCAGAAUGGAGCAGGCUGCUGACGAUUGGGGCGGCCACCACGGGGCCUGGGGCAGUCACCCUGAUCUAUCCUAUGGAUGGGACGGCUCUGCUUGAAGACUAUUAUUUUUUCUCGUCCCCUGUGCCAUACGUCUCUUCUUCUUCAGAUUAAACAAGAGCCAUUUUCCCAUUUUUAUUUCUAGGUCUUGUUUUCUAAAGCUCUAAUUAUUUUUGUGUUGCUCUCCUCUGGACUUUCUCCAAUGUGUCCUCAUUUACUGAAGUGUGGUGCCCAAAAAUGGACACAGUACUUCAGAAGAGGCCUUAGCAGUGCAGAAUAGAUCGUAAGGAUUACGUCUCAUGUUUGGCUUCAACACUCUUGCUAAAACAUCCCAGACUGAUGUUUGGGGUUUGUUUUACAACAGCAUUACAUUGUUGGCUUAUUUAGUUAGUGGUCCUCUACAACCCUCAGGUCCUUUUCUGCAACACUCCUUCCUUAGACAGUCACUUCCCAUUUUGUAAUUGUGCAAUUGAUUAAUCCUUCCCAAGUGUAGUGCUUUGCAUUUUACCUAAUUGAAUUUCAUUGUAUUUAAUUCAGACCAUUUCUCCAGUUUAAGAUCAUUUUGAAUUCUCAUCUUACCCUGAGACACACUCAAGCAACCAGAAAAGCAGCCCCCUCCAAUAAGAAAUGGAGGUGGCUGUUAACAGAUACACAAAUCCUUCAUGCAGCUUCCAACCAUCUUGCAUCAUCUGAAAUGCUGGGAACUGAGUCAAGAGGAGAGGGGAGGAAUUUCCUCCAUGGAAUUUUAAGGAACAGGAGUCUCCAGGAUGAGGAAAUCCUUUGUUACUGUGAGACAUGCAAGUUUUAUUUUUUGACCAACAUGAUGUGUCACUGCCUUUGUCUGUGGUCUCAUGCUGUAAAAUCAACAAUUCUGAGUCUUGUUCUUUCCAGAGCUCCUAAGCAGGAGGACCCAACGUUUUUCUCCCUUUAGUUUCUGCUUAGCUGAUGUUGAGGUAUAAUCACUCCUCAAUUGAGAGUUCUUGUGUAGGAAACUGAUCUAAGUGAAGUCACCAGAGUGUUUGUCCCCAUGCACCUUUCAUGUAAUUAUCUAGAGCAGUUUGUUUCUGUAAGUCCAAUCUGUUAUUUAACUCUUAAAUUACUGUUGCGAGUGCCUGGGAAGUAGCCUGCGUGUGAAAGAACGUUGAAAUCUAUUUUGAAAAUCGUAAAUGUUCCUUUUAUUAGAUAGUGAAGCUAAUUUAUCCUGUAUUGCCUCUUGUAAUGCUUUUUAUAUUGAAAUGAUUUUUUGUAAUAUAAACCAGAACACGCGCCUGAAGCAUUCUGCAGUUUGUGCGCAUUUCUUAAAAAAAAUAAAAAUAAAGAUAUUGUGACAGUGCAGUGGGACAGCUUUAAUUUUCACUAUUCACAUGGUGGUUGUUUUUUUGUAAAGUACAGUCACUUUCUCACCAAAGGAGGAAUAAACUCAGCUAAGAUGAGGUAUAAACUGAAUCCAAAACAACCUAAGAGACGGACAAGGCCGGCUGGCUGAAGGUUUGGCGGUAGGACUAGAAUCUUUCUCCUCUCCAGUGCCAGUACUAGCCUGCUUGAGAUCAGAAGGGGCUAAACUGGGAGUUGAAUGGCUAUCUUCUCUCACUAUACGUUUAGGGCUGUAUUAAUCCAAUUGUAUGAAACCAUUGUACAUCCGUUGCAGACCCAGGAACCAGGCACAAAAUUAAUUUGCAGAAAACUACCCAGGUCAUGCAAAUGCAGGCAUCUCUGCUGGGAACUCAGAAUACUUCUUAGCUAUGCAGAAGGUCACACAAACACCAACUCCCCUCCCGCAGGGCUGCUGCUACAUUUCAAAGGCGGAGGCACCCUUAUCAAUUGGUCAAAUAGUCUAUGCAAAAUGUAUCGACUAGUCGAUUAGUCCAUUAAUUGAAAUGUAACAUCCCUAGUCUAACUAGGGAUUUAUUUCAAAAUAACCCCCCUUAUUUUGAAAUAAGCAGAGUAUCCAUACUUCAAAAUCCAUACUCCUGCUUUCCUUAGGGAAGGACGCUGAUUUUGAAAUAGUUGUUUUGGGAGUUAUUUCAAAUUUAGUUAUUUCAAAAUAGUUUCCUAGUGUACAUAUGCCCCCACAGUGCUCCAGUCCUGAGCUUGAAAAUCCCUUUUGCUAUGGUGGGGUCAGGCAUUUGCCGAUUGCUCAUCCCAAA